CAGACCGGUGAGCCGGAUUCCUGGCGACGCGGCAUCCCCGCUGCCGGAGCCGGUUGCUGCCUCCUCGGGACCCGUGACGUCACAAAGUUCCCCAUCCAUCCCACACGGGCGCGGACCAAUCAGCGCGGCGCCCUGCUCCGCUCCCAGUCCUGAUCCCGAGGGCGCUGUUGCCGAAUCGUGCAUCAAAACUCCGCUGGGCGUGUGUUGGCGUGGGUCUUGGCCGUUCGACCCGGCAACCUCGGGACUCUCCUGCCUCCGCCUGGACUGAGCUUCGCCUCGUGAGCCUCCAGUCGUUCUCGCGCAGUGCUUUCCUCGUGCCGCGAUUUCCUCGCUUUUUCGAGUGCUUCCAACUCGAGUCGUCCGCACAAAGUUUCAAAGUUUCGUUAUCGCAGAGUGUUCUCGUCGUUCUGACCCACCUGUUGAGCAAUAUCUAUGGGAGUCGCACGUUGAAGAGAGCGAGCUUUCGACUAAAAUUUAUCGGCGCGAGUGGCUUAUCGGACAUAUCCCUCUAUCCGUUCUCUAUCUGGCAGCGACCAUGCCGCUCGAAUUCCACCACGUGGACGCCUUCGCGGAGGCGCCGUUCACAGGCAACCCGGCCGCCGUGUACCGGCUGGACACCUGGCUCCCCGACGACCUCCUCCAGAAGAUCGCCCGGGAACACAACCUCUCCGAAACCGUCUUCGUGGCCCGCGAGGGCGCCACUUGGCGGAUCCGCUGGUUCACCCCGCGCGCCGAGGUCAAGCUCUGCGGUCACGCGACCCUCGCCGCCGCGCAUGUCCUCUUCAGCGUCUACGGGACGGGCGGCGACCGUCUGGAGUUCUCCAGCCGCGCCGGGUCGCUGUCCGUGACCUGCGAGGCGGACCGUUUGACCUUGGACUUCCCGGCGCUGGUCCCGAAGGAGGUCGUCGUCCCCGACCUGGAGCGGAUCCUGGGGGCUCGCCCGCUGGAGGUGCUGGUGGACGGGGCGGGUGGAGGUCGCGCCGACAAGCUCCUGGUGGUGCUGGACUCGGAGCGGGCCGUCAAGGAGGUCGUGCCUGACCUCCAAGGCGUGGCUGGGCUCACCUACGAGGGGGUGAUAGUCACUGCCCCUGGCGGGGAGGUCGAUUUCGUGUCCCGCUAUUUCGCGCCUGCUGUCGGCGUCGAUGAGGAUCCUGUGACCGGCUCCGCUCAUUGUUGUCUCAUCCCGUACUGGGCCCGGCGGCUGGGGAAUCAGGAGCUCACCGCCUUCCAGGUGUCCGCCCGUGGAGGUCGGCUGUGGUGUCGCUUGGAUGGAGAUCGAGUUCGCAUUUCCGGGAAAGCCGUGACGGUGCUCACGGGACGGCUCCUCAUCUGAUCCCAGUGGCUUUAGUUUCUACUCCUCCUUGAAAUGGUGAAUCGUUAAUGUAGAUUUAGUCAUGAUUCUAUAGAAUUUUCUAGUUCGUCGUUUCCCGUACGAAAAGACGUAACUACAUUUGAAUUGCAUUUUGCAAAAAGGAACCAAGAGCAUUCCGAUGUUACUAGGAUUGUGCAACUUACAUUAUUUGCAGUAAAAUUACUGAAUCCUGGAAAAAAUUAAAUUUUCCAAGGUAAUUUUUGUCGUGAAUUUAUGGUUUAUUGGGAGUAAAGUUAGUACUUGUUGAGAUGAUCAUUUUAUAUUCGCAAGGUAAAAAUGGUCGCACAAUCUUAGCGACAUUGGAAUGCUCUUGGUUCCUUUUUGCAAGAUGCAAUCCAUUUCAGUGUUGCCGAAUUGCCCUUCGCAAAUUUCAUUUUCAUCAGGAGAGUUUUUGGCAUUUAUAAUUGAUAAUUGGACGUAUUUCUACCAAACAGAACUAUGUGCGGGUGGGAAAUAUAGGAUGUGCUCGUUAGUGCUCGGGCCGCAAAAAUUACCGGGAAUUAUAAAGCGCCAGUGACGACAGCGGCGACGAUGAAGCCCCGGAACAACGAUCAGAGGCACUAAUUAUUCAUGAGCCCUGUCCACAACGCUCUGGACACAUGCCCACGGCUCACGAGUCCCGCAUACACUCUGCACAUAGUUCUUUUUGCUGAAUUGAAAAAUCGGGAUUUUAAAUUCUGUCAAACGGAACUAUGUGCCAACUGAAUGCAGGACUCAUGAGCCUUGCGUAUGUGUUUAGAGCAGUGCGGACAGGGCUCAUGAGUCAAUGUCUCGGAUCGUCGUUCUUCGGCUCGGUCGUCGCCGCUGACGUCACUGGCGCUUUAUGAUUCCCAUUCAUUUUUACGGCUCGAGCACUAACGAGCACACCCCAUAUUUCCCACCCGCACAUAGCUCUGUUUGGUAGAAAUACGUUCUAUUUUCCUAAUUUUCCCCUGAUUCCGUGUAAUAAUCCGAGGGAAAAAUCAACAGGUAAAAGACAGGUAAAAAAGAACAAUCAAAUCUUGUAAAGAAUUGAAUUGCGUAAGUAAGUCAAUUUUGCAACCUUGGAAUUGAGUUACGGUCCUCAGUCCGGAAAACCUCGAGUUGUCUCUUUAAAGGGUUGUUGGCCUCUCGGAAAACUAUAGGCUCAUGUUAUAUAGACGUCAGUAUAUUUUAGAUUGGAAAUAGGUAGUGUUUUGCAAAGAUGAAGCUUUUUUCAUUUUGUCAGAAUUGAAAAUCACACUAGGCCUUGUACGUUAUUUUCUUUUUCAAUGAUGCAACGUAAUUUGUCUGUUUUCAAAUAAAUUGGUUUCAAUCCUGUUGAA